CAGCAUUUCAAUAAUGAAGUUCAAUAUGUUUUCGUUUCUACUGCCAACUUUAAUAUUUCAGUUGGUUUCGGGUUCAGAAGAUUCCAAUGAAAGUGAUGAAAAGUCAUCAGAAAUUUUUGACAGUAGCUCAAAUCAUGUUCAUCCAUUUGGAAAACCAUUAAAUAUUCUUCGUUUUGGAGAAAAUGGGCAAUUUAUAGUCGAUAAUGAAACAUUGAAUGAUAUGUUUAAUCAUCCGGAUGUAAAAGAUUGCAAAAUUGUUGCUGUUAGCAUCAUUGGAGCAUUUCGAAAAGGAAAAUCUUUUCUUAUGGACUAUGCGCUACGGUUUAUGUACGGAAAUUACAAGUCAGUCGCGUAUCCUGACAAUCCACUUAAUAACACUGCUAAUUGGAUGGGUGAGCCUGAAGAGAAACUAAGAGGAUUCUCGUGGAGAGGUGGUGUUCAAAGAGAUACGUCCGGUGUUAUUUUAUGGUCUGAUAUAUUUCUACAUGAAGCAGUAGAUAAAAAGAAUAAAAAGAAUAAAAAACUUGCUAUAGUAUUGAUGGACACUCAAGGACUUUUUGACACAAAAACAUCGCCGACAGAUAAUUCGAGAAUUUUUGCACUUGGAACUUUGGCAUCGUCUAUUCAAAUAUUCAAUUUAAAUGAUGUCAUUCAAGAGAAUCAGUUGGAGUAUCUCCAUCUUGCAACAGAAUUUUCACAAUUUGCCAUGAAGGAGAACAAAAAUAAUAGAAAGCGCUCGAAAAACUACAAACCAUUUCAAAAGCUUGUCUUCUUAAUGCGAGACUGGCAAAAUAAGCAAGAUUAUGUCUACGGCGAAGUUGGUGGCAUGGGCUAUUUAUCAAAUGUCCUUCAAACACGUCCUGAUCAGCCAGUAUCACUGGCUAAUGUUAGAAACUUCAUUAAAAGUUCAUUUGAAAGUCUCGAUUGCUUUUUAAUGCCACAUCCAGGCGCAACUGUAACAACAGAUGAAAAUUAUGAAGGACAAAGAAUUGGCUUAUCUGAAGAUUUUGAAGAAUAUCUUGGAAUAUUCUUGGAAUUCAUCUUAGCUCCACGAAAGCUAAUAGCAAAGAGAAUUUUAAACAAUGAAGUAAGUGGAAGUGAAUAUGUAGAAUAUAUUAAAGCAUACUUUAGAGCAUUUGAGUCUGAUGAAAUUCCAAAAGUUGAAACACUAGUUGAAAUCACUAAAAGAAAACAAUAUGAAAUCUUAAUAGCUGAAGCUUUUGAGAAAUAUAAAUCAGAACUUGUUGUGCCAAACCUAAACUCUUUAAGUUUAAUUGAAGACAUUGAACUUAGUGGUAACAAAUCAAUCACUGUUGCACUUGCUUCAUUCAAAAAGAAAAAGAAGCUUGGCAAUCAAAAUGACGAAAUUAGGUUCGAAAACGAAUUAAAAGAAAGAAUGCAGGCUCACUUUACUGAAUGGAAGACAAAGCAUAUUAAAGCUUUUGAGAACUUGAAGAGAAUUGAAGAAGAAAAUGCUAGAAGACAAAAAGAAGCUCAAGAGGAAGCAGAAGCUAAAUUUGAACUUCAAAGACAAGAAAAUCAAGAAGCAAUGAUUAGACUUAUUCAAGAACAAGAGCAAAGAGAACGUUUAAUGAAUCAAACCUUAGCUGAUCUUAAAGCUGAUUCGACAAGGGAAAUUGAGCAGCUACGCAAGGAAUAUGAAGAACAAAGAGUAAAGUCACAAAAGGAAACUGAGACAAUUUUGAAUGAAAUGAAAAAACAAAAUGCAGAAAUGAGUCGAAGAGUUUCAGAAGCUCAACUUAAACUUCAGCAAGAAAUGAUUAAAAUGGAAAUGGAUGCAAAAGUGAAACAAAAAGAAAUGGAAACGAUGAUUGCUGAAAGGAGGGACUCAAAAUUAGAAGAAUUAAAAUUACUGGCUGACCAAAAAAGUUUAGAGCUUGAGCAUCAGAUGAAAAUUGAACAAAAUCGACAAAGAACGGAAGCAGAGCAAAGAAUCCACGAGAAACAAAUUGAACAAAAACGACAAAUAAUAAGAGAUGAAGCAGAAGCAGAACGGAAAAGAGAAUUUGAAUUGAUGCUUGUUAAUAUGCAGCAGCAUCAAAAAGAAAUGCAGCAAUUGAUGUUAUCUUCCCUUCGAUCGGGAUAGAAUUUAAUUUGAAGUUCUU